AUGGGCACCUUUGCUGGUUUCUUCUACCGCCAGUUGACGAUCAAACCUAAGCCGCUUCCUCAGAAUGUGCGACUCGAUGGCAAGACGGCUAUUAUUACUGGUGCCAAUGCUGGCGGCAACCCAGCAAUCGAAGUGCAGAUUUGGGAGCUUGAACAUGAGUCAUUUGCCAGUAUCGAUGCCUUUGGCAAGCGCGCUGAUACUUUGGAUGGCCUCGAUAUUGUCAUACUCAAUGCUGGCGUAAAAUAUUUGGAUUACGUUGAGUCGAAGACCGGGCAUGAGGCACACGUGCAGGUCAAAUCUUGGGACGGCACUUGUUUCUGUACACCUCCUAAAUCCUCUAAACUGGACGGCGAAAGCGGUUGGAGCACCAGUUUAGUUGACAAUUGA